AUGAGUCCAUAAAAGCUAAUGAUGAAUCGAUUAACUCCUGUUUUAAUAAAACAAAUAACUAGAAGAGUUCGCAAAAAAUAUGUAGUAAGCUAUAUACACUGUAGGUACAGUUCUCUCAAGUCCAAAUUUCUUAGGCUACAUAUUACUAUAAAAGUUAUUGAAAUUGGAUUUUCAUUCUUAUCAGGUAGAUAGACCACAUCAAGAGAACAAAAAUAUUAUAAAUUACCUGAAGAACCAAAGACUCCAGGACUUAGACCAAUCAAAAAUAAUGAUGUGGCUUAGGUUACUAAGUUAUUAAAUGAAUAUUUAAAGUAAAUAAAUUCUAUUUAUUUAAAAAUAUUAAGUUAUAUUUUGAAAAUACUGAAGAAAAAGUCGACCUUUUAUUCUUACUUAGAAAAGAUGUGA